GAGGAGCGCGCGCGGAGGGCGCCGGGCGGGCGCAGCAUGGGCGGCCCGCGGGCCUGGGCGCUGCUCUGCCUCGGGCUCCUGCUCACGGGAGGCGGCGCCGCGUGGAGCGUCGGGGGCACCCCGUUUUCUGGACGCAGGAACUGGUGCUCAUACGUGGUGACAAGAACCAUCUCAUGCCAUGUGCAAAAUGGCACCUACCUUCAGCGAGUGCUGCAGAACUGCCCGUGGCCCAUGAGCUGCCCGGGGAGCAGCUACAGAACGGUCGUGAGGCCCACAUACAAGGUGAUGUACAAGACAGUGACUGCCCGCGAGUGGAGAUGCUGCCCUGGGCAUUCGGGAGUGAGCUGCGAGGAAGUUGCAGGCACCUCUGGCUUCAGGGAGCCCACGUGGGCGGGCAGCACCGUGCGGCGGAUGGCGCUUCAGCCCGCAGCCUUCGCAGGUUGUCUCAACUGCAGCAGAGUGUCCGAGCUGACCGCGAGGCUGAAGGUGCUGGAGGCCAAGGUGGCUGGGCUGACUGUACCAGGGCGGGCGGAGCCCUCAACACCAGCUACCCCUGAGGACCCUUCUCCACUCUGGGGCUCCCCAGCUGCCCAGGGCAGCCCUGGAGAUGGAGGCCUGCAGGGGCUACCUGGAACCAGAGAGAGCAGGAGGGCCCUGCCGCUCCCUCAAGGUGACCUAGGGGGUCCUCGGGGGCUGCCUGGGCCUACCGGUCCCAAAGGAGAUGCUGGCAGCCAGGGCCCCACAGGGAUGAGAGGCCCACCAGGUCCCCAGGGCCCCCCAGGGAGCCCUGGCCGGGCUGGAGCUGUGGGAAUCCCUGGAGAGAGGGGACCUCCAGGACCACCAGGGCCCCCUGGUCCCCCGGGACCCCCAGCCCCUGUUGGGCCAUCCCAGGCCAGGAUCUCCCAGCAUGGGGACCCAUUACAUUCCAACACCUUCACUGAGACUAGCAGCCACUGGCCCCAGGGACCCUCUGGACCCCCAGGUCCCCCUGGUCUUCCAGGGCCCAUGGGUCCCCCUGGACCUCCUGGUCCCACAGGUGUUCCCGGGAGUCCUGGACACAUGGGACCUCAAGGCCCCCCUGGACCCAAAGGAGUCCCUGGCAAUCCAGGAGAGAAGGGCGAGAGAGGACUACGUGGGGAGCCUGGCCCCCAAGGCUUCAAGGGGCAGCAGGGAGAACCUGGCCCCAAAGGAGAUCCUGGUGAGAAGAGCCACUGGGGUCCCCUCCCGGUAAGGACUUCGGCUUCUGCCCCCCUCUCUGUGGAAGGAAGGGAAGCCUGAGGACGGUAUCUACGUGGAAGAACAGAACAGGGGACAGAGGGACAGGACAGAAAGUCAUGAAGCAGGACUGGGGACGUAGCUCCGUGCUCGAGCACUUGCCUGGCAUGAGUGAGGCCCUUGGGUUGGAUCCCCCGCCCUACAAAAAGGAAAAAGAGAAAGGGUCAGGGGAGCGCCAUGAUGGGUGGGAAGGAAGGCCUAGACGCUGGGAGGGGCUGGGAGGCCCUGGAUGACAGGGACAGGACACCUAGACCAGCCCUAUACCUAGGAAGACCAGGAAGCCUGGGAAGGGAGGGAGGCCUGGAGACCAUGUGUACACACUCGACAUGGUUAAGGAGGUCGGGAGACUCAACCCCACUGUGUCCAAAAGACUAUAAAUAACACGGGAUCCUAGAUAUCAUCACAUGUGUAGGGGACCCAAGAGGAAUGGUCUCAUGCACAGGAGAACCCUGGAAAGUGAGAUGAGAGAACCUGGGUGCCGUUCUGUGCACAGACAAACUGGAAGGUUAGGAAGGGAGGCCAGGAUGCUGUCACGUACAGCAGGGUACAGUGUCACACCCUGUCAUCACAGCAACUCCGGAGGCCAAGGCUGGAGGAUCACGACUUUGAGGCCAGCCUCGGCAACCUAGCAAGACCCUGUCUCCAAAUAAAAUGGAUAAUCCCAUCAAUAUGUGCGGAGAAAAAAAUAAAAUAAAUAGGGAUGGGGAGAUAGCUCAGUGGUAGACCCUGGGAACAGAAGGAAGGAAGGAAAGAGUCAGACACCCAGACGACAGAGUGCAUAAAGGAACCCUCAGAAACUGCACAGUUGAUGUGGGGUCCUGGGACCUCUAUAAUCAGGGAUAACUGCAACAAGGGAAUUUCAGGGUCUAGAAAUCUACUCCCCCAGAGGCCUGUGAGGGAAGGAUCAGGAGCCUAGAACAUACCAUGCCUGAGGCCCCCACAAUGCGGGCACCUGGAGGCCAUCGCUGACAUAGAAAGUGGGUCAGGUGGGGCAGACACCUCUACCGGACAGACCGUGGGGGGCUCCUCUGGAGGAUGGGGUUGCACCUCCCUCCCCAUGCAGUCUGGCCGGGACAGCCUACUUUCUCCCGGACACUAAUGAGGACGUGGGCAGCUGCAGUGUCUGCCCUGCCUCUCGGUUCCUGAUUGUGGGGUCAGGGAUGGAUACAGCCGUGGGACCCCCGACCCUGCACGAGCCUCCUCCAUGUUUCCCCGCGACUCCCGGAGCCUGCUACCUCUCCCAGUUGCUUGCUGGCCUCCCCAGCCACCCUCCUGCCCUCCCUCCAGGGCUCUUUAGUUUCAGUGUGGAAAUAAGCUGAGCUGGGGGGUCAGGACAGGUCUGUGUGAGCCCCGUCCUCUGCCUCCCCAGGGCCCUCACUCCCCCAGAGACCUUCAUUCUGGAAACACGACCCAGGGGAGGUGGCACAAGCCAGGUGGGGGCAGAGUGAAACUGUGCUCGGUCGCUGCAGGGAGAGCCCUGGCAGGGGGUCAGGCUGCCUGGCCUACUCCAGGGCAGGACCACAUGUGGGACCCAAGAGGUAGCAGGUCCCUGUUCGUCCACCUUCCUCCCUUGUCCAUCUGCUCUUCUGCCCCUGCUUGCUGCCUGCCCGGAGGGGCCCGCUGGGCUGGGGGUUGCAUGAGGCUUUGGGGACUGGAUGGGGGGGCAGCUCUGUUGGAAAUAGGUGAGAACAGGUGCUGUGUACACUCCACCUCCCCAUGUCCCCUUGGCACAUCUUUCAGACGUUGACCUGGCACAGCUGUAGCUCUGCAGUGACACCCAGUGACCACAGGAGUACACUGCAGACCCUGAGCCAUUCCACCUAGAUAGAUCUCCACCUUCACCCUUCAUUCAAACAGAAACAGGCCCAGCCAAAACUGGAGCCCAGGCUUUUAAGCUCCCACGGGAGCGAGGAAACCAGCUACCAUUCCCUUUGUCUGUGGUGCCAGGCCCAGGGCUGGGCACUCUGGACACAGAUGCCAUGUGGACACAGUCCCCAUUCCUAGGAUGAUUAGUGUGGAAUGGGGGGAAAGACACCCUAAUCACCAUCCACAGGACAGAGGGAACUCAACUAUGAUGGAAGAGGCUGUAGUAUCUUUUUAAAAUUUUUUUUAAAGAGAGAGAGAGAGAGAGAAAAAAAAUUUUAAUAUUUAUUUUUUAGUUUUUUCGGCGGACACAACAUCUUUGUUUGUAUAUGGUGCUGAGGAUCGAACCCAGGCUGCACGCAUGCCAGGCGAGCGCGCUACCGCUUGAGCCACAUCCCCAGCCCAUAUCUUCUACAUGGAGAUGGACUAGGCCUGAAAUCUGCAUAACCAGGCAAAUGGUGUUUAGACAGAGAAGCAGGAACACGUGCAAAGGCCCUGGGGCAAGAGUGAGCCCUAGGUAUUUGAAGAGCUGCAAAUACUUGGAGUGACAAGGAGUGAGACAGAGGCCAAGGAGGCUUUCGGGUCUUAGGAGGCCCUUA